AUGUUGAAACACCUACCUAUUUUUUUACUACUUCUUACUACCGUUCAUGCUCAGCAAUUUCAAUGGAUUCUACUUACCGAUGGAACGAGUAUGGACACGCCAGAAGCACGACGUGAUGCUGCUCUUGGUUUCGAUCAAACUUUCCUUAUUUUAUACGGUGGUCGAACUCAAACAGGGAGACCAACGCAGGAUUCCUAUGCGUUUAACCUCCAAACAGGUCAAUGGGAUACACUAACAUUUCCAUCACCACCUCCUAGUCGUUAUGGUAUGGCAUCAGCUAGUUCAAUCAACGGUGGUUUGUAUAUAUUUGGCGGCUUUGGUACUGAAGGUUCGUCUGUAUAUUAUAAUCCGUAUCUUUCACUCGGAGCGAAUCAACAAACUCCCAAUUAUAACUAUGCCACCCCACCAAAUUUCGUGCAAAAUCCUGUACUGAUGAACAAUCCUGACUUUAUCAACAAUCCUAAUUAUAAUCCUUUGAGUGGUACUGGCUACAACAAAGUCGAUAAUUAUGUCAACAACGACGAUCGCAGUGACGAAAAUUAUUAUCCAUUGCAAGAUGCUUGGUUUCUCAGCUAUGCAUCAAAAACUUGGCUGCAAACGCAAACAUCGCAAUAUGCACGUGGAUUUGGUUCUGCGGCUGCAUCACCUUACGCAACGACUGCACCAAAAGUUUUAUAUACCAUGGGCAAGUCUCGUGUGGGAAUGUAUUCAAUAGUUGAAACUAUUGGAGAAGGUACAUCGGGUCUUAGUCAAACCGGCACAACACAAUCUGCAAUCAUUAUGUAUGACAUGCCAUCAUUGAGUCCAGCAUAUCCACAUGCUCGCUACGGACAUUCCACAACAUUAUUGACAGAUAAUCAUCUCUUACUUUUUGGUGGCUGUCUAAGUGGUUACGGAAAAGGUGGUCCGUGUCCUUCGAAAGAUACUUGGUUAUUACAAAUCGAUCGUGGACAUUGGGAACGUUUGGGUGAAUGUCCAACGACCAAAACAGGUGCUGCUAUGGUUACACUUCCAUCGUAUAGUAUAUGUGCUUCCAUGGGUCAAAGUGCCGCAGAUGCAGCAGCAAACAUAAACGCAGGAGUUGAUCAACCAGUUGCUGUUCUAUGGAGUGGUCGUGAAACGAAUCCCUCGUCGAUUGUUACGUAUCCUAGUCCACGUGAUGAAAUAGCUGUUUUCAGUUUAAAUCAAAAAGAAUGGUAUUUGAAACGAGCGGCUCCAUCUCCAACUGAUGGAAGUUAUCCGAUGCAAAGAGAAGGAGCUGCUGUUGUGGCGGGUUGCUUUCAAGGUGCGCCGGGCAUGUUUGUUUUUGGUGGACGAGCAACAGCUGAUCGUCGUAUGCUUUCGGACCUUUGGUUUUUACAAGCAUCACCACAAGAUGCAUUGAGCGCGCCUGGUACUCGAAGCUGUAUCUAUCCGUUUUCGUUCUAUCAUCUUCACGGUGUAUUUCAAUUCUUGACCUAUGGUAUUGUCUUCCCAGCUGGGUAUCUUGUUGGUCGUCAUGGCACGAAUUUAUCGAUCAGACGGCCAUUACAUAUGAUUCUUCAACUUUCUGGUGUUGCAUUAGCCAUUUGUGGUUUCGCUUUUGGUGUUCAUUCAGUUCGUGCACCAGCAUGGCUUCACUUUCGACAUCCUCAUGCUAUUAUUGGUAUUAUCACAUUCAUAUUAACGAUCUUCCAAUUUGUUAUCGGAUUAUUUGGUGCUGCAUUUCUCAGAAGACGCUUACGUGGUAGAGAACGUCUCAAUGAAUCAAGUCAUAAAUCCAGUCAAGAACAACUUGAAUAUGAUACAUGGGCUGGUGAAGGUGCAUGGCGUAUUAUUCAUCGUACCCUAGGCGCAGUUAUUGUAUUACUUGGAUUGAUAAAUAUAACAUUGGGUGUUUUUCUUUCUGUCGUACAAUUAGCCGUCUGGGUGGUUUGGGUGAUAUUGCUGGGAAUUGCUAUCAUUGUCAUAGUUGUAUGGGAAAUUAUCACAUGCAUUCGUCAAGGUGGCCUUCGUAAAGGUGCCUCACUCAAAUUACCAGAAAGAAUGAUCGAAUACACGAUCUAUGAUACAACUCACAAACGAGAAGACCCCAAAGGGACGUCACAAACAUCGCUAAGAUAUUUCGAAGAGCCGUCACAAACAACAUUAGGAUCGAUACCACGUCGUAGUGUCGAUCGUAUACCACCACUUGAACGACUAACUCGUGAUACUACUCCUUAUCGACGUGGUACAGAUAGUCUAAAUGGUGAUACGAUACCAUUAGUAUCUACUCAAGCUCGUCAACGACCAUCUCGACUUAACGAUGUGAUUACAUCAGGAAAUCUUCCAGUUUACAAUCGUCCGAACGAGCGAGAUUAUUCAAUCUCGACGCGAAAAAGGAGUGGACCAAGUGAAAAUGAGGAUGCCGGCUAUUACGUCGGUUAUUCUCCUGAACAUGAACAAAUAUCAUUGCCACGAUCGACAGAACAGCAACAAGGCGAGCACAAUCUCACUCGAGUUAGGCUCCAAUAA